GGCUUACAUGUAGCGGAGACAGAAGCUCUGUGUAUUUCUGAGGGAUUCAUCAGAGGCUUAUAUAAGAAGAUCCGUCAUGUAUGCAGGACGCAAGAGGAGAAAACCGGUGCAGAGAGCGGUGAAGCAGGCACCGGCUGAAGGGGCCAAGUCCAACCCGUCCAAACGGCACAGAGACCGGUUGAACGGGGAGCUGGAGCGGUUGGCCAGCCUGCUGCCUUUCCCUGAGGAGGUCACCGCCAGUCUGGACAAACUCUCCAUCCUCCGCCUGAGUGUCAGCUACCUGCGAGCCAAGAACUUCUUCUCUGUCGCACUGAAUGGAGUGACUCCAGCCGGUGGGAACGAUGACGACAGCAAAACAGCGGGAGCCGUGGAGACCAAGAUUCCUGAAGGCGAGCUGUUGCUGCAGGCUCUCAACGGGUUUGUCAUGGUCGUCACAGCCAGCGGGACCAUCUUCUACUCCUCUCACACCAUCCAGGACUACCUGGGCUUCCACCAGACGGAUGUCAUGCACCAGAGUGUGUAUGAACUGGUCCACACAGAGGACCAGCAGGAGCUCAGGAGAAACUUGCACUGGGCUUUGAAUCCUCCCCCUGCUUCUGCACCUGCCAUCACCCAGGACUCCCCCCAAGAGAUGGAACCAGACAGCAGCUCAUCUGUGGUCACCUACAACCCUGAACAGCUUCCCCCAGAGAACUCAUCCUUCCUGGAGAGGAGCUUUGUGUGUCGCUUUCGCUGCCUACUGGACAACUCCUCUGGCUUUCUGGCUUUGAACAUCCAGGGCAGACUUAAGUUUCUGCACGGACAGAACCAGCGGCAAGAAAACGGAGGAAAGGCCCCGUCUCAGCUCGCCCUGUUCGCCAUCGCGACUCCUCUGCAGCCCCCGUCCAUCCUGGAGAUCAGGACCAAGAACAUGAUCUUCAGAACUAAACACAAGCUGGACUUCACGCCGCUGGCCUGUGACGCAAAGGGGAAGAUCGUGCUGGGGUACACAGAGGCUGAACUGCGGGUACGAGGAUCCGGGUAUCAGUUCAUCCAUGCAGCAGAUAUGUUGUACUGUGCAGAGAACCACGUCAGAAUGAUGAAGACUGGAGAAAGUGGUCUGACUGUGUUCAGGCUCCUCACAAAGGAGAACCGCUGGAAAUGGGUCCAGGCCAACGCCAGGCUGGUGUACAAGAACGGCAAACCAGACUACAUCAUCGCCACCCAGAGGCCCCUCCUGGACGAAGAGGGAGGAGAACACUUGCGUAAGCGCUCCAUGCAUCUACCCUUUACCUAUGCCACAGGUGAGGCCCUGCUCUACCAGUCUAACCAUCCCAUAGCAGCCUUCAGAGAUGGAAGUCAUGAGAAAAAUGGCAGUAAGUCAAAGAAGAGCCGGACUGAAAGGCUAGUGAGGGAUGGUCUGGACCCCGGCUCUCUUCUAGGGGCGCUCAUGAGCCAGGACGAGUCGGUGUAUGUUUGCCAGCCCGCUCUGGAGCCUAAAAUGUCGUUCCAUAGCUUCUUUGGAGACCAGAUGGGCUUCUCUGACUCUGAGCCCUCCAGCAUGCACAGGAGCUGGGACGAGCCGAGUAAUGGCGUGCUGGGUGCAGGCGUUACAGAGCCCAGCACCAGCUUUGACCCUCUGCUGGCUACGUUAGACUCCCUCUCCCUGGAAGGCCAUGGGGUUGUGGAUGCAGAAGAGAGUGGGUGUUCAAACGGCGAGCUGUUUGGGGCUCUGGAGGGGCUGGGGCUGAGUGCUGAGGACCUGGAGCUGCUGCUGCUGGAUGAGCGGAUGAUCAGAGUUGAGAUGGACCCUGAACGUGUGCCCACCUUGGAUGACCUACUGACAAACGACGAGAUUCUUUCUUACAUCUAUGACUCCAUCGAGGGGAAGACUGAUUCCACAGAGCAUGGAGGACAGGCGCCUCCCAGUACUGCCUCAGCGACUGCCACCACGGUGUCACUACCUGAAAGUAAUGCCACUUCUGACACUAAUGUGCAAAUGCAGUUUCCUCACCAUAAGCCUCCCCUGGUGGGGUCGGCUCCCAUCGUGCAGCUGUCCCAGCAGAUGCAGCAGCACCUCAACAUGCGACCAGGUAAAGUGGCGCAUGACUGGGUCCAGCAGAGCGACCAUUUGGCUAACACGAUAGCGAAUGGAGAGCUGUUGGGCCAAAAUCAGUCGCUCCCCAACGGACAGUGGACAGCCCAGGACAUUCUGGUCAGUGCAGGAAUACAACUGGGACACUUUAACACACAACAGACUGUUUUCAAUGGCAAGGCCUCGGAGCUGGAUGGACAGCUUCAGCAGCAGCAAACGCAUCAACACUUCCUUCAGCAGCAGCAGCAGCAGCAGCAACCCAGGAUGCAGAACCACCUCUCACAGCAGUGCCAUGCCAAACAGAAGGCAGCCAACCUCAACGGACUGUGCGGCGUCUCCAGCACGGAGCACCCAGCAGGGAAAUCCCAGUGGCAGGACUUUGGAUUCAGCGAGAGUCUGGGCAGCAACUCCUGCCUUGAUAACGGCCAAAAACCUCUGACAAACACCUCACUUGAUUCUUGCAUGGAUUUUAGCAUGCCUGAUAUUGACAAUGCGGAUUACACGAUCAGUGGAAGUGGUUUGUUUGGGCGGAGUGAACAGCAGCUCAGGGCCGAGUCCACGGUUUCAUCCUUCCAGGGGGUGAACCAUAAACGGCAGCAGGAGCAGAUCCCAGUUCCUCUGGCUCAGGUCAUCUCCAGCCUGUCGCAGUGCCCUCCCCCCAACGCCUCCCUGGAGCAGAUCCUCGGAGUGGCCAAGCCGUGCCGGCAGCUGGACCACUAUGGCAUGGUGACCUCUGAGAUCCCACAUGACCCCAGUCCCAAUAAGAUAGAGAAUGGCUGCAUCCUGAACAGUACUUACCCAGGAGGCUGCGCUCUGCCCAAUAGAAACGGAGCGGCGCCCCCUACUGUCCAGAUGCCCGUACCUGAGACCUUGUCCAGCCUCCCCGACCCGCCAGCCACCGGCUUCUACCUCUGACCAGCUGACCAGGACCAGUCAUGCAGCAGGACUCUGUGAACGGCCAGAAACACACAAUGACUGGACCAGCCUUAUACGUCUAGAUAACACAACAAACAAAGCUGAAUA